GAAAAGCAAAUCAAAUAAAAAUGCAUGAGAGUUGAAUUGGAUCAGCAACUUACUUAGCAAGGAAUCAUUUGUAGUCAUAUUUACUUUUGCUGAGUCAUUAAUGACUUAUUCCCACUAAAUUUUAUUCAAAAAAUAUUCCAAUGGACCUCUAUAAAUAGAUUCAAUCUUACCUUCACAAACUCCCUUCCCACCAUCAACUACCAAAAUACACACUAUUUGCUCUCCAUCACCUUAAACAAUCUUCUCUAUAGUCUUAAAAAAUUACUUAAAUUAAUAUAUCGAGAUCGAUUAGUCGUACUAAUUAAGGUAAAAUGAAUGCUUCUGAGGCGUUUAAGUCAAGGCAUAUGAAGAGUAUGCUAGGAGAUCAUCUCCUUCGAAAUGGGUUGUCAAAAAUAAGCUAUGAUCAAUCAAGAAAAACAUCUACCGUCAAACUAUUGCCUGGACCUUCUACUGGCCAAGUAGAUAAAUCAUUGAUCACUACAAAACAGCGUAAAGUGGAAUCAGUUUUUACCACAAUGAAUAAGCUUGUGAAAGGAAAACUGAGCUUAGUAGGAGGGGUUGAUAAAUUGUUUAGAAGAAUCUUUAGCCUUCGAGAAGGGGAGCGGUUGUUGAGGGCUUCUCGUUGCAGUUUGUACACCACAGCAGGUCCCAUAGCAGGUCGCCUAUUCAUCUCCACAGAGAAACUCGCCUUCUGCAGUGACAGACCAAUCGCGAAAGUUUCCUCUCCCACAGGAGAACCUCUUAGGUUCCACUACAAGAUAGUAAUACCAUUAAUGAAGAUCGGAAAAUGGGAUCCAAGUGAAGACAUGAAAAAGCCUUCGCAAAAGUAUCUACAAGUAGUGACAGCGGAUGAAUUUGAGUUCUGGUUCAUGGGAUUCGUUAACUACAACAAAACAUUAAAAUGCUUACAACAAGCAGUCUCACAAAGCUACAUUUAUAGAAAUACUACAGACUAGUUAUAUUCCGAAUUAACUAGGAUUCUGAUGUAGCUAGGUGUAGACAGUAGUGAAUGGCUAGCUCUGUAACUGUUAACUAAUCAGCUUCUCUGAGAUGGAAAGAAGUUUUUCCCCUGGAGUUUUUGAUGGCACGCAAUUUGCUUUUGUACAUUACUCCUUAAUUAUGUUUCUCAUUCCAAUUAAGCACUACAUUUCAAUCAGUAGCUAAGAAUUAACAAGCUUGAGCGAAACAUUUCCAUCUGUAACAAUUAGCACUGAUUACUGAAGUAAAAUUAACUUCAGCUCAA